GGGUGUGUGGGUGAGAGAGAGAGAGAGAGAGAGAGAGAGAGAAUGGGAUCGGGAAAGAACACAGCGGAGUUUUUCAGGAGGAGGGACGAGUGGAGGAAGCAUCCGAUGCUGUCGAAUCAGCUGCGUCACGCCACGCCUGGUCUCGGCAUCGCUCUUGUCGCCUUCGGCAUCUAUCUCGUCGGCGAACAAAUCUACGACAGAGUCUAUGCUCAUUCUCCUUCCUCUCAUGUGAAGGCUGGGGAGCACUGACAACUGUUCGACUCCAUAAUCGCUUUCCCCUUUUUUCACUGUUCCCUAUAAUAAGAAGCUUUGUGUUUAUGUUCGUAUUGAAUGUAUAAAAUUCAGACUAUGUUUUGUGUGUCGUCUAUGGCUACAUUUUAUGCCUCCUUACAUUGACAAUUUACUUGUUUUCUUUCUUUCUCACCGUUUCCUGUCUUUCACUGUGCCCUACUAUCUGCCCCUUUUUCGCUUGUGGAACAUCAGUUUCUUUUCAAAUUA